UUCUCCAGGGCCGAAUAACUUCACAGCUCCGCGUCUGGAGACGAGCAGAGGCGGCCGGGCAUCCUGCGGAGCUUCAGGCCGACAUGGAGGCUCCGGCGGACAAAACUGCAGCUUCACAGCGGGAGGUUUAAAUAAUAAAAGCAGGUUUGGGAAUAAAAACUAAAUAUUUUAGCGUCAAAUCUGGUUGAAAAUGCCUGGAUUUGGGCGCUGGAUUAACGCAACCUGGAUUUUGCUUUUGGGCAUUUUUCACUCGUGUUUUUCAAGUUACUCUGAAGACCAGUGCAGCUGGAGAGGAAGUGGUUUAUCGCAGCAGCAGGGCAGCGUGGAGCAGAUCUCCCUGCACUGCUCUGAGGGAACCCUGGACUGGCUGUACCCCAAGGGGGCGCUGCGCCUCACCCUCACGCCCCGCCUGGCCCCCGUGGCGGCAGCGGGCCCCGGCGGCGGCGUCAUCACGGCCUGCGUGAAGCCGUCGGAGCGGUUCCACGGCGCCCAGCUGUACCUGGAGAGGGACGGGCUGCUGGAGCUGCUGGUGGGAGACCGGAUGGAGGCGUCGCCCCCGCCGAGGGUCCGCUGCUUCAGCCGCACGCCGGGCCAGAGGCUGGCGCUGUUCCUGCAGGCCACGCCCCAUCAGGACAUCAGCAGGAGGACCGCCUCGUUUCGCUACGAGCUGCGCGGCGGCUGGACGGCGCGCAUGGCGCUGGACUCCAACGCCAUCAGCAGAGAAGAUGCCUGCCGGCCGUGCAACGACACCGAGAUCCUGAUGGCGGUUUGCACCAGCGACUUCGUCGUUCAAGGAAACAUCCGGUCGGUGGAGGAGGACGAAACGCUGCGCGCCGCCGUGAUCAAGGUCAGCGCCACCCGAGUUUUCCGUCAGAAGUACACGCUGUUCACGGGGAGCAGCCGGCUGGCGAGCCGCGGCGAGGUGCGGACGCUGCUGCAGUGCGGCGUCCGGCCGGGACCCGGCAGCUUCCUCUUCACCGGCCGGGUGCACUUCGGCGAGGCCUGGCUGGGCUGCGCGCCGCGCUACAAGGACUUCCAGAGGACUUACUCUCUGGCCAAAGCCGCCCAGCAGAUCCCCUGUGAGCUUCCCAUAGACUGAGACGCUCGGAUCAGAACCGUGGUGCUAGACGCCGCCGUGGCUUGAAGUGAAUCCUCAGCAUGACUUCCUGGACUUGGACGAAAGAAUUUUAGCUUUGGACAUUUUUCUCAAGCGGGUCGUCUGAGGCUCAUCGGUUUAAAACUCAGGAAAACAAGGAGAACUCCCAGAGAAAUCUCACUUGUUUGGUGCGAAACUCAGAACGUUUUCUUCGGUGUUUUUGGUCGGAUGACGUAAGACGGCGACGUUCAGGCGCCGUGUUGUCGUCUAAACGGAGAGGGAGGGCGGGACAAUAAAUCAAUACCGAUAAAUAUCACCAUCUGUGAUCAAUACCAACAGAAAAUACAUCUCAUAGAAUAUUCACUGAACUCACUCGUUCUCUGGUUGCCUAGCAACAUGCUGUAAGGAGGAGUUUCAAGUUCCCCCAAAUUUCGGUUACCUAGCAACGAGCUACUGAGUAACUUACAGCAGUUUCAAGUUUCCCCACCGUUCCUCAUAAAAACAUAAGACACAACGAACAGAGUUAAAACACCAACAUCUGGCAUCACGUCAGAUAUUUAAAACAUAAUCAAUGAUUAUUGAUAUCGGCUGAUAUGAAACGUUUGCAUUGUGAUCGUCCAGCCCUACCAGGAGGUUCGAUAAAAACCUCAUGAAAGGAAUCGCUGAAGAAUAUUUGCACUCAGAGGAAGAAGGGAAAAUGCUGCAAGCACUGAAAACCAAAUGAGACAAGAAAGCAACUUUAUGUAGCGUAGUGGAGCAACCGAGAAUUUAAUAUAUGUUCAGAUGAUGUGAGAUCAGGUUAUGUUGCCAUCAUGGAUUUACUUUUUGUUGUACACAAUCUGCCAGAAUAAAUCAGUUGGAGAUUAGACAAAACAGCCAUAAAUCUGGUUAUUAAAAAAACAGCUGAAAUAAAUAAAAUGAAUAUCAACGGGUAUUAAUCCUCUAAAUAAAAAUUUUAGAGAUGCACCAACAUAUCUGCUGUCGACUGGCUGGCAACUGAAAACUCCGAUAUUUUUCCAAUCAUUGAACACAACCAGGAGCUACCAGUUUUGCUCUUCAGUGUAGAAGUUGAUGCUGAGUGAAGACAACUUAGCAUUAGCCACUGUAAGCUCUAAUAAGUAAUGAAAAUGUGUUUUCAGCAAUGUAAUGAGUCUUGUUUGUGUUUCGUUAAGGCUGUAGAGAGACCUGGACUUUCAGUAGAAAACAGGAAGGCUGAACUCCAGCUGGAAAUGCUAACAGGCUUUUGGAAAUAACAGACCCAAAGUUUUUAACUGUCUCUGUUCCCCCAGAAACGUAAAUAUUUUUAGCAGGUUCUAAAAGUGACCUAUGACCCCAAACACAUUAUAUGACAACAACAAGGGCGGAUUACUUGUUUGUUUUGUCUUAUUAGUUUUAGUGGAAGUGAGACAAAACUCAAAUUCACUCGCGCCUCGUUGCUUUCCAUUUUUAUUUUCUUUUUUCGUUUACUGCUAAUCUCAUGUGGAGGCCUGAUGUCCCAGACUGCAUGCUUAGCGCCACUCACUGGUCUGGAGGAGUAAAAACCUUUUGCGUUUUUCUCUGUUUCCUUGUGGAUGGAAAUAUUUCAGAGAAAAACCCCAAUAGGUUUUAAAGAGAAAUGAUGAAUGCAUCUCUACGUUUUACCGCAGCGUAUUAGGACCAGAGCAAAAUUAAUUAAUUACAACAAGACAUUUGUACAAGAAUAAAGUCAUAAUAAGAUAAUAAAGUAGUAAUUUUAUGAGAACUCCUACUAAGAAAAGCAUCUUGUGAAGUUAUACUUUGGUUUCAGUUUUACAAAUAAGGAAAUAUUUAAUAUUUUAGCACAUUCACAUCAAAUGAUCAUUUAUGAAAAGAUUGUUUUAUUUCAAAUAAAGAACCACACAGGCGUAUUACUCCAUCAAAGCUUUUCUCUCAUAAAAACUGCUUUUUUAUUGUAAUAUUUUUAGUUUCUUUUGGUAAUAUUUUCACUUUAUUGUUGUAUUUUUUCUAAAUCCUCUUGGUUUUGUCCCAACAAGUUUAAAGGUUUUCCAGGUUUCAUGUGAUCAUAAAGGAGCAAAGGUUCACACCAAAUUACCAUAAAAUGCUUCUGCUGCCAUUUUUUAUGAUGUAAAUUUAUGUUAAUAUCAGACUGAAUGUAAAUAUGUUCAUAAGAAAUUUUAUAAAGAAAGAAAUAAAAAAAAUAUUGUGGAUUAUUUUUACGUUGUGUUUUGUGCUAUUAAAAUAUCGUCUAAGAAGGAAAAA